AUGGAAGACGUUAACCUAAACCAGGACAUUAACCUAAGCCAGACAGGAAACAGUCACUAUAGUAGUAAAAAAAAACACUUUAACCCUGAAGUUAGGGUUAAACAGGCCUAUGACAUCACUAAACAGGCCUAUGACAUCACUAAACUGACCUAUGACAUCACUAAACAGGCCCAUGACAUCACUAAACAGACCUGUGACAUUGCUAAACAGGCCCGUAACAUCACUAAACAGACCUGUGACAUCACUAAACAGGCCUAUGACAUCACUAAACAGACCUGUGACAUCACUAAACAGACCUGUAACAUCACUAAACAGGCCUAUGACAUCACUAAACAGACCUGUGACAUCACUAAAGAGACCUGUAACAUCACUAAACAGGCCUAUGACAUCACUAAACUGACCUAUGACAUCACUAAACAGGCCCAUGACAUCACUAAACAGACCUGUGACAUCACUAAACAGACCCAUGACAUCACUAAACAGGCCCGUGACAUCACUAAACUGACCUAUGACAUCACUAAACAGGCCCAUGACAUCACUAAACAGACCUGUGACAUCACUAAACAGACCCGUGACAUCACUAAACAGGCCUGUGACGUCACUAAACAGACCUAUGACAUCAGUAAACAGGCCCGUGACAUCACUAAACAGACCUGUGACAUCACUAAACAGACCCAUGACAUCACUAAACAGGCCCGUGACAUCACUAAACAGACCUGUGACAUUACUAAACAGGCCCAUGACAUCACUAAACAGACCCGUGACAUCACUAAACAGGCCUAUGACAUCAUUAAACAGACCUAUGACAUCACUAAACAGGCCCGUGACAUCACUAAGCAGAUCUGUGACAUCACUCCCUUUUUACCCAUUUCUUGUCAUAUUAACAGAUGUAAAUCAAGAUGGCUGCCUAACAUGGAACCAGGAGGAGAAGAACGUUUACAGAAGCACUUUACAAACGGAAUGGACCGGGUCAGACUGGUUAAGACUGCUCCAGACUGGUCCAGAUUGGGUCAGACUAGUCCAGACUGGGUCAGACUGGUCCAGACUAGGUCAGACUGGUCCACACUAGGUCAGACUGGGUCAGACUGGUCCAGACUAGGUCAGGCUGGGUCAGACUUGUCCAGACUAGGUCAGACUGGUCCAAACUGGUCUCAGUGUAGGAACGUAAAGGGAACAGGUCACAUUUGAACCAGUUUGAUUUAAACUGGUUCAUCUUAUUUUAAUCUCAGAUGUGGGUCAGUCUGGAUCUGGUGUUAAAGGGACUUUUCACUUUUGUUGCCAUGGUAACGGGCAGGUAAACCCUGCCCACUGGAUGUGGUUACUGUACAAAUGUAAAUAAAAGAAACAUUUGUUGUUUAAAAAAACUGAUGAACUGGUCCUUUAAACAAUGACUCUGUUGCCAUGGAAACCAGUCCAGGAGGGCCUCCCAGUGUUCUGCUGUCGGUUGUUGGCAGUGUUUUAACGCAGACCAAUAAGAAUUUAGUGUCAACUCACCUGUUGUGUAAUUGGAUGAACUGAAUAAACCUCUGUAAUCGUUGAAGCA